AUGUUGGAAAGAGGUAAUCACUCUGGUAAAGAUGAUAUAGUGAAGCCAAUUCCUACUAGUUUGGAUAAUAACAAAGAAGUAGAAAUCAAGGACCAGAAUACAAUAGUGGAUUCUCAUAUUCAUGAGGAACUUCAAUCAAAAUCUAAUCCACUUGAAUCAGUGAAUCCAGUACCUGAUAAAAUAAAUAAUCCCCUUCAAAUUCUUUAUGAUUCUAAUUCUACUUUUUUAGUGGAUCACCUAUAUGUCUGCCUUAAAGGUGUUGGUGUUUCAUUAGAUGAUGAAAGAGGGCUUCGAUUUGUCAAGGAGCCUCCAAAUAAAGGCUUUAAGUCAGAUGAUGAUCUUUUUGCAAGUGUAGAUUGGGAGCACUCUGAUUCCAAAAGUUCAGAUGCAGAA